CACUUCGUCGCCGCAGCUCCAGCACGGCUUUUCCAACGUCCCUCUCUCAUCCCCAGACGCAUGCUGUCUUCACUCUCCAGACGUCCCGCGUCACUUCCUUUCACCGUGUUUCACCAAUGUGGCGUUCAAGUCACUUAUGCGCUUUCCUUUCCGACUCAUUGAAAGGACCCCACGACAGCUGAAAUAGACUCCGGCGGGAUUCCUGAACAUCGAUCGUAAAAGAUGGAACGCCAAAGGAAGCGGGAGCUUCGCGAUCUCAAUGAGAGGGCCUGGACUGGCGAAAGUGAUAUUUUUCCGGUCAGCAAAUCUCUGGAUUCGGCUCUGAAGAAGAACACCGCCUUCAUCAAGCGUCUUCGUACGGGAAUUAACGCCUCCGCCCAACCAACCUUCUUGGCCGACAUCCGCACCCUGUCGCUCCACAAAUAUCUCUCCGAGAUCAUCUCCGCCUGCUAUGAGGGCCUCUGCAAAUUGAAAUCUCCCGGCGAGAUUGCCACCGGCGUCGAAAUCACUAGCGCCCUGCAUCAGCGUUUCGGCCCCGCCGAGUUCACGAGACAGAUCGGAUGGCUUUUGGGUCGAGGCCUCAGCACGCCGGACAAGGGACAAUUGAAGGCUCUCAGCCAGGAGGUCCGCGAGCGCGAGGAGAAGGAGCGGCUUUCUCGCCACCGAGUGCUGCUGCGAGUGGUCACGGAGCUCUGGUUGGUCGGGGUUCUGCGGACCUUGGAUGACAUCGAGCGACCCGAGGAUCUGGGCACAAAGGGUAAGGAUGGUGUCGUCGGGAAGGUGCCUGACGGUCCCUCCAAGGCCAAGGCCCCGUCUGCUGUCCGAGACAACGAUAAAGAAGCCGAGCCGUUUCCCUUGGAAGUGUUGAAGGACCUCCUCGGACACGACCGGGACCACACCAACCUGCCGCUUGCGGUCUUGUUCGUGAAGAGCUUUAGUUGGGAGGUUCUUGGGGUCAAAUCCGUUGAAGAAGGCCGGAAGACCGUGGAGGCGGAUGGCGCAGUGACGUCCGGAACUGGUGCCGAGACCACGAAUGGCAAGGAGGAUGCGGAAGAAGUGCCCGCCGGCGAGGAUGAUCCGCCUCUUGCCCCCGAAAAGAUCCAGCUACGCUUCAAGAGUAUCUUCAACCGGUAUCUGGAGGAUGUCAAGGCACACGUGGUGCGCGACCAGAGAGCGUUGGCUGCGCAGAGUCGUCGGAACGCAGAGGCCUACGUCAAAAGCGGCGAGAUCUUCGAGGAUCGCCAGGCAAACUUCGAUAAGCAGACGAAGACGCUGGAGAAACUGGUUACAAACACCCAAGUCUUGUGUGAAGUCCUGGGGGCGGAGAUGCCAGCUUUAGCGGAGCAGGAAUCAUCGGACCCUACAUCCAAUGGUGGCAUUGGCCUUGUGAAGACUUCUGAGUAUCUGCGAGGCCAGGGCGAGGGUGCUGGUAUCUGGGAAGAUGAAGAGGAAAGGCGCUUCUAUGAGAAUCUUGUUGAUCUCAAAGGCAAAGUUCCGGCUGUGCUACUGGAGGAUGGCAAGAAAAAGAAGCCCGAGUCUGAGGACGCGACCAAAAAGAAGGCUGAUGAUGAGCCCGCGGUUGAUUCGGCUGCCGAGAAGCAAGACGCAAGUAGCCAACCCCAGUCAGCUGAAGAAAAGGCCGAGGCAGAUGAUCAAUCAACGGCGAUUGCUAGCAGGACGGUUGGAGCUCAGGUCGAUGGACUUCUGGCCAAACUCCCGGAGCUGCAGACCAAGGACCAUGUCGACCAACUGGCGCUGGAUUUCUGCUUCCUCAACUCCAAAGCUUCGAGAAACCGACUCAUCAAGGCUGUUUCGGAUGUUCCUAAGGGCCGCAUCGACCUCCUGCCUUUGUACUCACGCCUGGUCGCAACCCUUGGACAGUAUCUUCCCGACAUUCCGCAAGGAUUGACAACGUAUCUGGACGAAGAAUUUCGCAGUCUUCAACGCCGAAAAUCGAAGGAGUUCCUCGGUCAAGUUCGGAUGAGCAAUGUCCGCUAUUUGGCGGAGUUGACCAAAUUUGGUGUUGUUCCGGAGCAUAUUAUCUUCCAUUGCUUCAAGGUCUCCCUCGACGAAUUCUCGCGCAUGAACAUUGAAAUUAUUGGACAUCUUCUGGAAAACUGCGGUCGCUAUCUGCUUCGCAACCCCGAUACAUCCCCAAGAAUGGCCUCCUUCCUGGAGACCUUGAGUCGAAAGAAGGCAGUUCAGCAUCUGGGCCAGCAAGAGCGAAUGAUUAUUGAGAAUGCGGUAUACUAUGUCGACCCGCCACCUCGACCGGCCAUCCAACAGAAGGAACGAACCCCCAUGGAGUCUUACAUCCGGAAGUUGAUUUACUUGGACAUGAACAAGCGCAACUACACCAAGAUCCUGAAAUCAAUCCGUAAACUUCAUUGGGAGGAGCAGGAGGUGGUCGAUAUUCUUGAGCGUGUCUUUAGCAAGCCAGUGAAGGUCAAAUACGGAAACAUCCACCUUCUCGCAAUUUUGAUCAGUGCUCUUUACAGAUAUCAUCAGGACUUUGUCAUUGGCAUCGUGGACAAUAUUCUCGAACAGAUCACACUCGGACUUGAACAGAACGAGUUCAAAUUCAACCAAAAGCGUGUCGCUGAGGUCAAGUACUUGGGAGAACUCUACAAUUACAAGAUGAUUGAUUCGCCGGUGAUCUUCGAUACUCUAUACCGCAUUGUUACGUUUGGUCAUGAAGGUGGCACUCCAAUUCCCGGAAAGCUCAACGUCCUGGACCUGCCCGACGAUUUCUUCCGAGUUCGCUUGGUUUGUACUCUGCUCGAUACUUGUGGUCACUGUUUCGACCGAGGAUCGGCGAAGAAGAAACUUGACUUCUUUUUGACUUUCUUCCAGUAUUACAUGACCACGAAGGACCCGUUGCCGAUGGAUGUUGAUUUCCUCGUUCAAGACACCUUUUCAAUGGCUCGUCCUCAGUGGAAGCUGGUGACUGAUCCGCAAGAAGCCACGCGCAUCUUCGGCGAGGCAGUCGCUCAGAAUUACAAGACCCAGGAUUCCGAAAGACCCGCGGAGCCCGAUGACGAUGAUGCCGAAAGCAGCUCAUCCGAUGAAGGCUUGGAGGAAGACGCGAUUCCUGAGGUCGAGGAUGAGCAGGAAUCGAGUGAGGAGGAUGAAGUCUCUGGUCCCAACGCCGAGCAAAAUGGCGAUAGCGAUUCUGAAGAUGAACAGAUCUUUGUCACGAGACAGGAAGAGGAACGUGACCCGCAGGCUGAAGCGGAGUUUGAUCGCGAGUUUGAAAAGAUGAUGGCGGAGAGCGUGGACUCGAGAAGAUUCGAGCGCAAGGGGGUCUUUGAUAUACCUCUGCCCAUGAAGCGGGCUGCCCGUGAACCUUCGUCUUCCGAGAAUGCCGCAGAGGCCCCGGAGCCACAGGAGCAGCCAAGAACCAUGGCAUUCUCUCUGAUGACCAAGAAGGGCAAUAAGCAACAGACUCGCACCAUUGACCUGCCGUCCGAUUCCAACUUGGCUGUCGCCAUGAGAAGCCAGCAACAAGCGGACCGCGAGGAGCAGCAGCGCAUCAAGAACCUGGUGUUGAAUUACGAAAUGUCGACAGACACCGAGACAACCGAGGCUACAACCGACAAGCGAACUCCUCAUCGCGACACCCAACUCAACAAGUCCAACACCAAUCGCACUGCGUUCCGCUCCCGCAAGCUCCAACUCAGCGAUGUGAACUGGUAACCGGAUUGGGUCCAACUGCACUGAAUCACCUGAUACCAACCGGUAUCCAAACUCACCAACCAAUCAUUGUUUGCAGGAGGUCGCGCAUGUUCAAACCUAGGCGCGUUUUUCUAUCCGCGGGUUUCAUAGCGUGAGCUAUGGCGUUACGUACAAGUGAUACGGCGUCUAUCCAUAAUCCACAAAGGGGAAACCACUAGCAUC